AUGUCUGAGACCAAGCAUUUUACUCAUACCAUCAAGCUGUCACCAGGCUCAUCUCAUGCUGGGCAGGAGUUUGAAGGCAGAUUAGCCUACUGGAGCCUCGGCGACGUUUCCAAGCCCACGGUCUUGAUGCCGACGUGUUUUGCCGGCAAGCUCGAAACCACGACGCCUUUCCUCUACAACGCCGAGACCUGCGCUCUGCCACUGUCUAAAUACCAUGUUUUGGUGGUUGGACAGUUGGGUGGUGGCGAGCNNUCGUCGCCCUCGAACCAGCCUGCUCCAUUUUCUGGCGUUGACUUUCCGAGGGUGACGUAUGAGGAUAACAUUCGUCUUCAAUAUGCUCUGUGCCAGAGUCUUGGUAUCGAGCAUCUUGAGGCUUAUAUUGGCUUCUCAAUGGGUGGACAGCAGGCUUACUAUAUGAGUGUGCUGUACCCCAAUUUCGUGUCUAACGUUGUGAUGCUGGCAACCUCGGCACGCACCUCAUGGCACAACUACAACUUCUUGGAAGGUCCCAAAGCUGCUUUGGAAGCCUCCGUCGACUUCAAGGAUGGUCGGUAUGAGAAGAAACCUCUCAGAGGUCUCAGAGCUUUUGGUAGAGUUUAUUCUACCUGGGCGCUCAGUCAGGCAUGGUACAGAAACGAGUGCUGGAAAGUGCUUGGCUUCGACACGCUGGAGCAGUACCUUGACACCAAUUGGAGCAACAAGAACAGCGAGGCCAAUGACUUGCUAUCCAUGCUGUGGACAUGGCAAAAUGGCAACAUUGCUGCUUGCUUCCCCGAGGACAAGGGAGACCUGCCUACAGCACUUGGAAGAAUCAAGGCGAAGUCGCUGGUCAUGCCCUCGAGAACCGACUGUUACUUCCCACCCGAGGAUAGCGAAGAAGAGGUCAAGCAUCUCAAGAAUGGAAAAUUGGCUGUUAUUGAGAGUAUCUGGGGCCAUCUUGCUGGUGGUGGUGCCGGCACAGACGAAGAUAAGAAGUUCAUCAACGAGCAGGUCUCACAGCUCCUGAAAUAA